AUGCUCUGGAGUGACCUGAUCUUCACAAUUUGUUUCUUCCUUCAGAUUGUAAUUGGGCUCCUAGCCAAUUCCACUUUGCUCAUAGUAUAUGUCAGCAGCCUUGUUGCUCAGCCCCGUUGGAGGAAGCCCAGAGACCUGAUCCUUAUGCACCUGACUAUGGCCAACAUAGUCAUAUUCCUUACCCAGUGUGUCCCAGGAAUAGUAAUGGCCUUUGGUUGGAAGCCGCUUGGAGGUACCAUUGGAUGCCAGAUCACCUUGCUCAUCCGGAGAGUAGCCAGAGCUCUGUCUAUCUGUACCACCUGUGUGCUGGGUGUAUUCCAAGCCAUCACAAUCAGUCCCAGCAAUUCCUGGUGGAAACAACUCAAACCCAGAAUACCCAACUACAUCCUUCCAUCUUUUGUCUUCUUCUGGAUCCUCAACAUAUUGGUGGAAGUGAACAUUAAUUUCAAUAUAAUAGCUAGCAAAAAUAUCACUAUCCAAGUCAGAGUCCACAGUCUGAAAUCUUGUUUAAAUACACUCCCAGAAACGUAUGUAAGCAUCAUUCAAUUUAUAACAGUCAUAACAUUGCGAGAUAUCUUCUUUGUAUUCCUCAUGAGUUGGGCUAGUGGCUACAUGGUGAUUGUGCUACACCAACACCGCAAACGAGUUAAGCACAUUCACCAUGCCAGACUCUCUCCUAAAUCCUCCCCAGAGUGCAGAGCCACCCAUACCAUCCUAUUCCUCAUCAUUUCCUUUGUUUGCUUUUACUGCAUCAACAGUGGCAUUACUCUGACUGUCAGUUUGUUAGGGGAGGAUGCGGGGAUUCUCUUUGACCUUAACAUGUUUCUAGGUUCUUGUUUUUCCUUCUUCUGCCCUUUGGUGCUGAUCUCUAAUGAUCCUCGUGUCCCUUGGCCUCAGUGGGCCCUCAAGAAGUUGAGAAAUGUUGCGACUCUCCUAGAUCUCAGGAAUGAACAAUAG